AUGACAGUGAAGGAGCGAGAAGGGCAGAGACCAUACCGGCUGCAGUGUAGAUCAGGCGGCGAUGGAGGACAGGCAGCGCCAGUGGCCAACGAUAGUGGGCCAACAGCAGCGGUAGAUAGGCUGCGUCAGUGGCCGGCCAAUCGUAGAGGCGGCCUGACAGCAGCGGUAAAAAGGUCGCGCCAGUCCAGUCCGACAGCAAGGAGUCUCACAAUGUGCGUCGAUAGGCGUGUUACGGACGUGGCUCAGGGUCCAGUAACGACCAGCAUAGCAGAGGGGAUGCAGAAGAGGCCUUUGGAGGACGGCAGGUACAGAGAAGUGAAGGCGCUCUCAAAUCCCGAGUGUGCUGCUACAGCACCGCAGCGCGCCCACACCGUCGACUCGGCCCGGAAUCGAGGCAAGAUGGUGAAGCAGGAGUGCGAUGGUCUACAGAUGACCUCGAGGGAGCAUGACCAGGCUACUGCUGUGACUGGACUGGAGAGUACUGCGGAGCCGUUUCGAUGCGUGGCGACAUCUACAUUGUGGACCUGGGGCGUCCUUCUCUCUCAGAGUGUCCCGUGGAUGCCACUCAAGGAUCUGUCACGUAGCGUGGCUGUCCUAUGGUUGCUGAUGUCCUUCACACUGGGGUCCGUGUAUCGCUCAAACCUCAAAGCCAUGAUCAUCUUACCGAGGAUCGACCUCCCAUUCUCUUCCCUAGAUGAGCUGGCAGAAUCUAAUAUUGAUAGCAUACUUGUUAACGGAUCGGCCAUACACUUUCACAUAAUGAACUCAAGCACCAGCUCCAGCCUCGGGCGACUUAAAAACAAGAUCCAGCUAUUUUACGUAGAUCAAUUACCUUUGGCGAAGCAAAUGAUGCUAAGAGGCGAGGGUGUUGGUCUCACCUUUAAAAUGUCAAUACUGUCCAUUAUGAACGACUUAUUUUCAACGGUAAAUCUGCCAUUUUUAUUCACAAGUGACAUUACUGUAAAGGUAAAUGACACCACACCAGUUGAUUAAUUCUCGCUCUUUAACGC